AUGUAUCGCGACUCGGCGAAACGCUGCUGCUACACGACGGUCGUCUACGGCCCGCCCGCAUACAGGAAAUUCCGAGACGAGUAUCCGUGGUUUGAGGCCGACUUCUGCACGGCCAACCUGCACGGCUACGUCUUCCACGUGCCCUGCGAUCCGGACCCAAUUUUGGAGGCUGACUAUGGCAAGAAUUGGACCGCUGAUCGACCCAGCAAGGGCUACCGCUACGGGCCCAACCUCGUCUGGAACGGCAAAUAUGGCACGAAAGGCGCCCAGCUGAUGCGCUUCUUC